AUGAAGACAUAUUUGAUAGCAACGCUCGACAAACUUUGUGCACGGAUGCAGCAGCAGCAGCAGCAGCAGCAGUCCCGGCCAGCAGCAGUGGUCCAGCUGGCAGCAGCCAGCCAGCCAUCCCGUAGCGGUGGUCCAGCCAGCCAGCCAGCCAGCCGAGCAGCAGCGGUCCAGCCAUGCAGUAGCAGUCCAGCUGUGGAGCAGCAGCAGCAGCAGCGGUCCCGGCCAGCAGCAGCGGUCCAGCCGGCAGCAGCCAGCCACCUCACCAGCAGUGGUGGUCCAGCCAGCCAGCCAGCCAGCCAUCCAGCCAGCCAGCCAGCCGAACAGCAGCGGUCCAGCCGUGCAGUAGCAGUCCAGCCAUGCAGCAGCAGCAGCAGUCCCGGCCAGCAGCAGUGGUCCAGCCGGCAGCAGCCAGCCACCACACCAGCAGUGGUGGUCCAGCCAGCCAGCCAGCCAGCCAUCCAGCCAGCCAGCCAGCCGAGCAGCAGCGAUCCAGCCAUGCAGUAG